AUGGCUUCAUGGGCACCCCAACAACAGGGUCUUCAGGAGGUCCUGCAGACGCUCCACGAAUCCACCGACAUGAAUGUAGCUGUUCAACGCGCUAUCACCCAUAAACUGAACAACUUUAUUCGCGCGCCCGAGUACAUUGCCUAUCUGGCAUAUAUCCUAAUGGACAUGCCACAAGAAGAGAACCGAAUCCGCACCAUCGCUGGCUACCUCCUCAAGAACAAUGCCCGCCUCAUCCUGAAUUCAACCCCAGAAGUCGCUCAAUAUGUCAAGGCGGCGGUCCUCCAAGCGUUCACCGACGAGUCGGUCAUGAUUCGCAAUGCGGCAGGUCAAGACAUCGUCGCUUUUCUUGGCCAACUCGAACCCCGUCACUGGCCUGAGUGCCUUCAACAGCUAAUGAACACUCUCGACUCACCUGAUUUGGAUCAACAAGAGACUAACGUGCUUCUCUACACAAAGGCCGCCUUUAAUGUUCUCGAAAAGGCAUGCGAGGACUACCCCGGAAAAAUGGACGUUGAGAUCAACGGCACCCGCCCGGGCCCCCUCGAUUUCAUGAUCCCGAAAUUCCUCAUGCUGGCCAACCACCCAUCUGCCAAGAUGCGCUCCCAUGCGGUCGCCUGUUUAUCGUACUUUGUUCCCGUCGGGGCCCAAUCGCUCUUCGUUCACAUUGACAACUUCAUCGCCACUCUCUUUAAACGCGCCUCUGACGAUGACCCUUCCGUUCGUCACCACGUUUGCCAGGCCUUGGUCCUCCUACUUGCGGCCCGACCGGAGAAACUCAUGCCAGAGAUGAACAAUGUGGCGGAGUACAUGCUAUACUCGACCAAAGACAAGAAUGAAAACGUUCAUCAGGAAAAUGACAAGAUCUUAGAGGGGUCUUAG